CAGAGACGUAAGCAGCUCUAAAUGAAUAAGAUGGCAACAAAGAUCCUUUACUUCACAGUGAAUGGGAAACCAGAGCAAGCUGAGUUCCCAGUGAAUUGUCCUUCUCAGGAUGUCAAAGAUCUGUUCCGCUCUGCAGCUGAAGCUGGGCCACAUGACAUCCUAAAGCUUUAUAAUCCCAAAGGCAACAUUAUCAACAUCUCAUCAAAUCUGGAGCCUAACAAUCCAAACUCCUGCUACAAACUGGAAGUGGUUGCUUCUGGUUGCAACAGUGAACCAUUAGGUGUGGAGCUUGCUGGUGCACUCGGAUUUGAUCUCUCAUCUAUGGAAAAAAGACUCCAAGGCCUGGAAAAGAAAAUCCUCAUUGAAGCAGGAAAUACGCCUGCAGUCAUCUAUGAGAUGAAGAAACAGGUGGAUUCAUUCCGGGAGAAACUGGAGAGUGUGGAGCAUCUUAGCUGGCUUGGAUUAUUCAAGGACUUGUCAGAGGGAGCACCCAAGCCCUCUCCAUUUUACCACAAGAGAUCCUUGCAUAAAACAAAAGAGGAAUGUGAGCAUGUCCGUGAAAAGUUCCUUCAAAUGAGCUCUCUGGAUGUAUCCGAGGAGGUGAGGCAGUACUUAAAGACGCCAACAUUUGACAACUGGCAGUGGGAGGAUGCAGAGAUAAUGGUACUCCUGCAAGUCAUGUACACAGACUUAGAUUUUAUCGCUACCUACAAUAUUGAACCUGAAGUUUUACAGCAGUUCCUGUUUGAAGUGUACCGCAGAUACAACAACAUCCCUUUCCACAACUUCAAGCAUUGCUUCUGUGUCACCCAGAUGAUGUAUGGUUUAAUCUGGCUGACUGACCUGAGAAGUAAGAUGGACAGCACUGACCUGCUGAUCAUGCUGACCUCUGCAGUUUGCCAUGACCUUGACCACACCGGCUACAAUAAUGCCUACCAGAUAAAUGCUCGUACGGAACUUGCCCUUCGCUACAAUGACCUCUCUCCCUUGGAGAACCACCACUGCGCUGUUGCUUUUGAUAUACUGGAGAAGACAGAGAACAACAUCUUCAGAAAUGUGUCUCUGGACCAGUACAAGCGGAUAAGGAAAGGCAUUAUAAAAUGCAUUCUGGCCACUGACAUGACAAGACACAAUGAGAUCCUCAGCAAGUUCAAGUCCAUUCUGUCUUUGUUUGACUUUGACAACAAGGAACACAAAGAUGUGCUUAUGAUGAUUCUGAUCAAAGUGAGUGACAUCUCCAAUGAAGCGCGCCCCAUGGAAGUGGCAGAGCCCUGGCUGGAUUGUCUUUUACAAGAAUUCUACAACCAGAGUGAUGUAGAGAAAUUAGAGGGUCUUCCUGUCACCCCUUUCAUGGAUCGGGACAAGAUAACCAAACCCUCAUCUCAAACUGGCUUCAUCAGAUUUGUGCUUUUGCCGCUCUUUAUAGAGUUGGCCAACCUCUUUCCCUGCCUGGAGCAACACAUCAUUGACCCAGUGCGAAAGGCCCUUGACUACUACACAGAGAUGGAGAAAGCACCGGAGAGAGAGAAGCAGAACCGGGCUCAAUGCGAAAAUGCAGUCAAGAGCAAAGAGAUACCACUGAGCCAGCCCAGCACAGAUGAGCGCCAGACCGCGGGACCCGAAGCCUCGAAACCAGACACACAAUGAACUAUCAGAAUCAGAAUAAUCGUUAUAGGCUAAGUAUGUUAAAAGACACAAGGAAUAAGUCUCUGGUAGUUGGGGGCGCUCCAGUACUACACCAAAUAAGCCACGAUCACAUAAUACACACCUAGGACGUAAAUAUAUUCAGAGCAAAGAGUCAUUUAGUAAUAUAGUGUCCAGCAGUGCGGUAAUCCUGAUCAACAAAAAAUGUGAAAAUGAUGCACAGUUACUAAGUUACAGUACAAUGAUGAAUACAGUAAUAAUGUUACUACAGAGAUGUGUAAAAUUGGAAAAAUGUCACAAUAAAAUAUUUGUAUCAACUGUUAAAAAAGUAGGGCACUGUGGACGACUGGUUAGCACAUCUGCCUCACAGUUCUGAGGACCGGAGUUCAAAUCCUCGCCGCUCCUGUGUGGAGUUUGCAUGUUCUAGCCGUGCCUGGGUGGGUUUUCUCCGGGUACUCUGGUUUCCUCCCACAUCCCAAUAACAUGCAUGGUAGGUUAAUUGAAGACUCUAAAUUUCCUGUAGGUGUGAAUGUGAGUGUGUAUGGUUGUUUGUUUAUAUGUGCCCUACGAUUGGCUGGCGACCAGUUCAGGGUGUACCCCCCUCGCCUGAAGAUAGCUGGAAUAGGCUCCAGCAUGUCCCCGACCCUAGUGAGGAUAAGCGGUACAGAAAAUGGAUGGAUGUUUAAGAAGUUAAUGGCAAAGGGGAAAACUAUUGGAUAUGUCUGCUGGUUUUAGUGUGCAUUGUCUGAUAGCGCUUACCUAACAGAGGGAAGGAGCUGGAAAAGGUGGUAUCCGGGGUGGCGUGAGUCCAAGAGAAUUUUGCCUGUGCUCAUCUUAGUUCUUUCAGCUUGCAAGUCCUGAAUAGUGGGUAGGCGGAUACCGGGGAACCUCUUGGCAGUCCUAACUGUCCAUUGUCCGUUGCAGUCUGACUUUUGUCCUUUGUAGCAGCACCAAAUUAGACUGUGAUGGAUGAACAGAACUGAUUCAAUGACUAUUUUAUAGAACUACCGCAACAGCUCCUGUGGCAGGCCAUGCUUCCUCAGCAGUUGCAGGAAGUCUAUCCUAUGCUGGACCUUUUUUGAGGAUGGAGUUGAUGUUGGCCUCCCACUUCAAGUCCUGAGGGACUAAUUUUCCAGGAACUUGAAGGUCUCAACAGUUGACUAAGGGCAGUUGGACAGCAUAAAGGACCGUUGCAAAAUAUGUUUCCUGAUGUUUCCACCACCAUCUCUAUGGACUUUAGUGUGUUCAGCUCCAGGUUGUGCUGGCUGCACUGAAAUAGCUACUCCACUUCUUGUCUAUGUGCAGACUCAUCGCCGUCGUUGAUUAGGCCGGGUACUGUGGCGCCGUCCGCAAACUUUGGGAGUUCGACAGUUGUGUUCGUUGAAGUGCAGUCGUUGGUGUAGAGAGAAAAGAGCAGCGGAGCGAGGACACAUCCCUGAUGCUGAUAUUGCAUGUGGAUGAGGUGGUUUCUGCCAGUCUCCCCUGCUGUGUCCUGCGUGUCAGGAAGCUGUAAAUCCAUUGGCUGAUGGCAGGAGAAAUGCUGAGCUGGAGGACCUUGGAGGACAGGAGUUUAGGAAUGAUAGUGUUGAAUCGAGCGAAGAAGUCAAUCUAGGCCUAAGUCAUGAAAAAUAAAACCCUCCCUUGAGCUGCAAGAAUGCGUGGUUUGUCUGCUGAAGGCGCUGCUGACGAGCCCUUCACCUGUCAAUUAAAUACAUUCACUUACUUUGCCGUAAUCAACUGUUGUCUGAAUAACGUGUGCCGCUGAGGCUUUGCUUAAUAAACAGUUAAGUUUCCAGUGUUUGAGUUCAUUGGGGACUAACACACACAACAACUCGCUGUCCAACUAACUCUGUCAGCUCCCUGUGUUACCAUUGCGACAACAACAACAAUGGACCGUGACAAUGAAUUGUGUGCUAGCGCUAGUGUUAGCACUAACGUUUGUAUGUAAACAUGCCAGCUUUCUGUCACGCUCUAAAGUUUCGGUAAACAUUGGUUUGUGCGCGUGAAUAAAUGUUGACAAUGGCAAGCAAUGGAGGCGAUGUGUCGUUGCAGGACGCAAUCCUAUUGGUCGAUGUCAAGGUGCGCUGUUGGAUAAUUGUUGUUCAUAUGGCACAGUACACGGAAGAUAUCCCAAAAAUCAAGCAUGCUAGACUUUUCAUUUUGCAGUCGUAGUGCUAUCGUAGGGCCAAAUCGUUGGUCGUGGAUUAUGUCACGCUAUAAAUUUUGUCACUCCCGAUGAAAUAUGUCGGGCUCAAUCUGGCAAAUCGCCCGAUCGCAAAUUGGCCAGAUAAUGAGGUUAAAAUCCUGUAACCUGAUCGAGGCAUUCCACGACAAAUUUCGUCUUUCACGAUUGCAGAUGUCAGACUGCUGCCAUAAAAUCUUGCCGUAUCUCGGUCAGACAAUGGCAACACUACACUACAUGUAUUCCAAUACCACCGUAUCCCGCCUUUUCCCUGGGCUUUAGCUUGUCGAAUGAAACACUGUCUGAGAGACGUGACGGAAAAACAUGUCACCUUUCACUGCAACCAGAUACAACCGUUACCAUGGUGACAACAAGUUCUUGUCACACCAAGGAUCAUCGCUGCAAUGUUGGAAAAAAAGAACGAAAAGAGGGAAAAAAACAUGCGGUGUCACCAGGUGCUCGGGAGAGGAUGUUUUUGGGCUGUCCAUUCAAGGACGGCUUGAGGUAUGUUCCCGUACUUUUAAUACAGCUUGCAAGCAGGCAACAAAAUCACUAAUGCACUAAUGUUUGUACGUAAACAUGCCAGUGUUCUGUCGAAUCAUGCUCUGAAUCUUUAGUAAAAAAAAUGUGUGCGUGUUAAUAAAUGUUGACCACGGCGAUCAAGUAUGUUGACAACGGCAAGCACGGGAGGCGAUGCACCAGUCAUAUCACGCAAUCCUACUGGCCGACGUCAAGAUCUGCUGUCAGAAAGAUGUCAUUGAUAAUGUCACACUACACUGAAGAUUUCCCUCCCAAAAAUCAAACAUGCUGGACUUUUCAAUUUGGUGUCGUAGGGCUUUUGUCGGGCCAAAUUGUUGGUCGUGGAUUAUGUGACACAACAAGAGGUUUUGUCGUUUCCGAAAUUUUUUUUUUCCUGAUCUGGGAAAUCGCCCACGAUAGCAAAUCGGCGAAAUAUUGGGGAUAAAAUCCUGUAGUAUGAUCUGGACAUUAGCCAGAGGUGGAGUGUAACCACCGCCGACUAGUGGUAGCAUGAUACCAAAAUCCUGAUUUCGAUUCUGUACCUGUACAAAGUACCUUGGUACCGUUACUCAAACAAUACUAUGCCAAAAAUGUCAAACAUUAGUAAAUGCAGUGCAAAGAAAACUGACAAAACAACUGAAAAUACUUUUGUAUUUUUAAUCCAUCCAUCCAUCCAUUCUCUACCGCUUAUCCGGGUCGGGUCGCGGGGGCAGUAGCUUCAGCAGGGACGCCCAGACUACCCUCUCCCCAGCCACUUCAUCCAGCUCUUCCGGGGGGAUCCCGAGGCGUUCCCAGGCCAGCCGAAGGAUGUAGUCUCUCCAGCGCGUCCUGGGUCGUCCCCGGGGUCUCCUCCCGGUGGGACAUGCC